AUGCAAAUUACCUCUGACCCAUGGCUCCCUGUUCUUGACAGACCAACACCAAACCCGGUUGUUCAGGGGUUGGAAAACUUCACCGUUAGCAGCCUUUUCCAAGCUAAUAAUCGAAGUUGGGAUGUCGACGUUGUGCAAGAUCUUUUCUCUCCUGAAGACGCUGCUCUCAUUCUUGGUAUACCUCUAAUUGCUUCGGCUAUUGAUGACUCGUGGUAUUGGGUUGCUGAGAAGAAUGGUUUCUACUCCGUUCGUAGUGCUUACAACAUGUUGCAUAGCAUGAAGUUCACACCAGAUUUUUCACCUUCCAAUGGUCUAUGGAAGAUUUUGUGGUCUCUCAAAGUGCCUCCCAAAGCCAAGGAUCUUGUUUGGAGGGCGACUUCAAAUUGUCUUGCUACUAAGUCAAAUCUGUGUAUCAAGAAGGUUUUAACUGAAAAUCUUUGUCCAUUCUGUGGCAUCUUUGCUGAGACUGAAUGCCACCUUUUUGUGUCUUGUAAUUUUGCUUGGGCUUGUUGGAAUUACGCUGGUUUAGCUACUACCAGUAGAGAUGCAACCUCACUUCAGCUGUGGUUGUUGGACACUUUUCAGCUGGUUCGUACUGUGAAGGAUGUGGUUUCAUUUGCUACAGCAAGUCUUGAUCAAUGGUUGAAAGCUCAAGGAAAGGGUAACAUUCCUUUAUUGUCUCCUCUCAAAGAUGGAGAUGGUUUGGAGCUUUGUGUUAAACCGGUUUCAGGUAUCAAGCUUAAUGUAGAUGCUGCCAUUUUUGAGCAUUCUUCAAAGCAUGGGUUCGACUGUGUUGUGAGGAACACAGUGGGAGAGUUAGUUGCUGCCUUUGCUGGGUUAAAGUUUGGGAGAGUGUCACCCGAACUGGCUGAGAUCAUGGGCGUUAGGGAGGCCCUGAGUUGGCUGAAAAAUCACGCCCAUUCCCACGCAAUUGUUAAAACUGAUAGCUUGGUUUGUGCUGGAGCUGUCCGUAGUGCUGAGGUUUUUGCUUCAGCUUUCGGCCCAGUGGUAGAAGAUUGCAAGACCCUUCUCCAUAGUAUGAGUAAUGUUUCUUUAGUUUUUGUUAAGCGUUCUGCGAAUUGUGCUGCGCACUAUGUUGCUCGGCACUCUGUGUAUUUAGCUGAGCGUAUGUUUUCCAUUAACAGUGUUUUUUUGGACUUGUUGUCUAUCCUUAUGAGCGAUUGCUCGAAUCAUUAA